AUGGCAAAUUCAAUUAGUGCAGAAGAGACAUAUUAUCUACGUAUUGCAAAUUUGCUGCUCAAAGUAGCGCCUACAGCUGUCAGAGUUAAAUUUGAUAAGGAGUUUUAUCCAUCAGGAUUUCAGACAGUUCUUAAUCAAAACAGAACAAAAAUCCAGGGACUAACGCAGAAGAGGAUAAUAAAUCUAAAACAAUGGAGCUUACUUUUUCCAAGCUCAGGUACAGCUGUCUCGUCCACUUUUGAUGUUACUCUAAUGAUAUGCCUACUCAGGAAUCUGGCUAAAAUAAAUAUCCAAGACAACCUUCCAUUAUCAACUGAUACAAGUGAAGGGGCUGCUUUGUCAAGAAUCAAAUAUUACCGAAACGAAAUUGCUCAUAACGAAAGUGGAACAUUGACAGAAAAACAGUUUCAUACACUUUGGGGAGAAGUUAGUCAGGCUAUAACAUUACUUGGAGGACAAAAUUACAAUCAAUUUUGUGCUGAUUUGAAAGUCAGAGAUCUUGAUGGACAUGACAAAGAAGUUUUGAUAGAACUUAGAAAUAUCAGAAGUGAAACUAUCCCGAAAGGAGCAAUAGUUGUACAUACCAGUCUAUUAGAAGAUUGGUCCACUAAUGAUGGAAAGGUUGUUCCAACUAAAGCUUUCCAACGUAUAUUAAAACUUUUGGAAGAAGAACACGUGUUGACAGUUAUAGGUCCACCAGGUUGUGGGAAAUCGACAGCGAUACACCAUGCUGCUCUGCAGCUACGCGACCAAGAAGAUUAUGUUGUAGUUCCAGUUAAUUUUCCAGGUGAAAUCAUACAGUACUACAAUCCAGAGUGCAAACAAGUAUUUGUUUAUGAUGAUAUAUGUGGUAAAUAUGCUAUAAACCAUCAAAUGCUGGACAAUUGGUGUGUACAAUCUAAUGCAAUCCAGGUCAUUUUAAGCAGCACAAAAGUGAAAAUAUUAAGCUCAUGCAGAAGUUAUAUUUUCAAAGAUAGAUGCUUUUGUAAAGUAAAACUUCUUUCUGAAGUUCAUUUUGACGUAACAUCAGAAAAUUAUGCUUUGACUGAGAAAGAAAGAUCUCUCAUUGCAGAGGUAUACCUAUCAGCAAAUGAAGUAACAACUUUACAGAAAUCAAACGUAUUUACGAAAUACGAGUUCUUUCCCCUUUUAUGUCAGUUGUACUCAUCAAAAGAGUCCGGUGAUGUAGAAAAAUAUUUUUCGGAUCCCAUUGAAGCAAUUAAUGUAGAGCUAGAAUCUCUAAUGAACGAAACCGAUCAAACAACUUUUGCAACACUAUUUUUAUUUGUUAUCUACAAUAACUGUAUAGACGAAACCAUUUUCAAUCAGAAGUUAGAAAUACGAAAUAUUUUACUGGAUCUAUCUGACCAUUUUGAAAUUUCGUCUGUUUUGUCAAUAACUGUUGUCAAAUUGCAAUUGAAAAAACUCAUCAAUAGUUUUGUAAAGAAAUGUAAAAACUCUUACAGCAUGAUCCACGACAAGAUUUUUGACAUCCUGGUUUUGUUUUGCGGUAACAAAUAUUUUGAUGUCUGUCUCGAAGUCGCGCAUACAGAUAUAAUACGUGACCGAUUUCAUUUUGUGUCACUGAAUACGGAAGUGUCCGAAGGUAUCAUUAUUGUUUCGGCAGAUAAAGAAGAUGCAUAUUUUGACAGAAUUUCAAAUGAUAUUCGUAAUGGUUUUAUAGCCAACGUCUUUACAAAUAGUCAUAUAACAUAUAUAUCGUAUCAACAGAAAAUAAUUACACAUCUGAAAAAGAACGAGGAUUUACUGAACAUUGUUUUGUCCCUAUCAGAGAAAGAAUCUUCACCAUUACUUGCUGUUGCAAAUCAAGGACUCAGUUAUCUUGUACACUCUCUGAUUGAUAUUGGAUUUAAAGUAAAUGUUCUCGACGAAAAGGGUCGAUCCCCUCUAUUUCUAUCUGCCGAUUUUGACUAUAUUGAAACUGUCGAAAUUUUAUUGAAUAACUUCGCUAAUCCUGAUUUAUGUGACGAUAAAAAGAUAUCUCCACUCCAUUUAUCAUGUUUAAAUGGAAACAUCGAAAUGGUUAAAUUGUUGAUAAAUUCUAUGUGUAGCAAGAACAUUCGUAAUUAUUUUGGCCAUACACCACUCACAUUUGCAUCAUUGUUAGGUCAUACAGAUAUUGUCACAUUUCUGCUAGAAAAUGAGAGUGAUGCUAAUGCUAUAAGUAAAAACAACAAUACCGCAUUACAUGCUGCCUGUUACUUUGACAACGUGGAAAUUGUUCAAUUACUACUAGAUUAUGAAUGUGAUCCAAGUAUAUUGUCUAUAUAUAAGGAAUCUCCACUUUUAGUUGCUUGUGCGAAUAACAGCAUUUUAUCAGCAGGAGUAUUAUUAGAAAACGGGUGCAACCCUAAUAUGUAUACACAAAUUGAAGGGAUGUAUGUUCCGUAA